UGUCAAAUCCAAAAGACGUCUAGAGAUAAAAACACAGUAUAAGAGUUUGAGAAGAUUAAUCAAUGAAACAACACCAAGGAAACAACAACAUAUGGAGCACCGAAAGUUAAGAGGUAACGGCGUAGACAUCCACGUGGCGAUCCAAGGCCCUUCCGAUGGCCCUGUAGUCCUCCUCAUCCAUGGAUUCCCUACUCUUUGGUACUCAUGGCGUCACCAGAUCCCCGGGCUCGCUGCUCUCGGAUACCGCGCCGUCGCUCCUGACUUACGCGGUUACGGUGACUCCGAUGCUCCGCCGGAGAUCUCUUCCUACACUUGCUUCCACAUGGUGGGUGACAUGAUCGCCGUCAUAUCCGCCUUGACCGAAGAUAAAGUGUUUGUGGUUGGCCAUGAUUGGGGAGCUCUCAUCGCUUGGUAUCUUUGUCUUUUCCGACCUGAUAAAGUCAAAGCUCUGGUCAACCUCUCUGUUCCUUUCUCUUUGGGUGGUCCUAUAGAUCCUACCGUUAAACCUCUCGACGUGCUGCGUAAGUUCUAUGGCGACGACUUCUACAUGUGUAGGUUUCAGGAGGUGGGAGAAAUAGAAGCAGAGAUUUCAGAGGUUGGGGUUGAGAGAGUAGUGAGGAGGAUACUCACAUAUAGAACACCUCGACCGCUUAUUUUGCCCAAGGAUAAAAGCUUUUGGGGACCUAAAGACGAAACUAUUCCUUUACCGUCAUGGCUAACGGAGGAAGAUGUUGCUUACUAUGUUAGCAAGUUUGAAGAGAAAGGCUACACUGGUGGAGUUAAUUACUACCGCAAUUUUGACCGAAACAAUGAGCUGUUGGCUCCAUGGGUGGGAUGCAAAAUCCAGGUACCUACAAAAUUCGCGAUUGGGGAGCAGGAUCUGGUCUACCAUUUUCCUGGUGCGAGGGAAUACAUACAUGGUCCCAAGUUCAAGGAAGAUGUUCCUUUGCUCGAAGAGCCUGUGGUCAUCGAGGGGGCUGCUCACUUCGUUAACCAAGAGAAGCCACAAGAGAUCCUCCAACUUAUCGUUGACUUCAUCUCCAAAUUCUAGUCUUGCUUCCUUAAGCCACCUUGUAAGUUCCAUACGGAAGAGCAUAUAUGCUUUUAAUAAGUUGAACAGUGAGAAUUAUGGUUUAUAUGUAUUAUGAAGUUUAAGGUUUGUUUUAUCAACUUUUUUUUAAAUGAAGUUUUUCGUAAAAAAUGUUUAUAUUAUGAAAGUUAUUAUGUAAAACAUUGUGGAACUUAGUUUUACAGAAGUUGUUUGUAAUACAUUUUUAAGUUUUACAACA